AAACAGAAAAACUGCUGAAAUCGUCUUUUCCUCCAAUCUUCUCAGUUGUCUUCUCUCCUCUGUUGUAGGGUUUACGAGGAACUGGUAGCAAUCUCGUUUCAUUCUCAUCUUCCUGAACAAUCUGAACCUGCACUGUGUUUCCUGAAGAUCGGGGAGUCCGGUAAGGAAGCGCAGUUUCACUGGAAUUAUUUUCUGUUUAAUUUCACGGUUCGUAUCUGUACCGGAUACUGAUGAAAGCAAAUUGGGGUUUGGAUUUUGAAUUAAUCGUGCUUCAUGCUCGAAAUGCGACGGUGGCAUUAGCUGACAAUCUAUGCACUCGCCAACGAGAUCAUUUGGGUCACAGAUUAACUCAGGUUGUGGAUGGAUACUGAAGCCGGACAGCCAAAACAGGAGCGCUCAAGAACAAGGUGGACGGCAUCCCUUGAUAGGAUAUUUGCAGACUUGGUAGUGAAGCAAAUUCAAUUGGGAAACAGACCAAACAAUGUUUUUGAUAAGAAAACCUGGAAUAACAUACGUGAUGAAUUCAACCAGCAAACAGAUCUCAACUUCAAUAAUAAUCAGUUGAGAAAGCACCUGGAUGUUCUGCGAACACGCUUCUAUAACCUGAAAUCAGCUUAUGAUCAAAAUGACUUUGCAGGCAUGGAGGAUUCCUGUUGCAUCGGGUUUGACCUGUGGGAAGAUAUUGGGGCACAGCCUAGGCCUGAGCCAGUCAAAAUCAAGGACUGCCCCAUAUAUGAGCAACUAUGCACAAUAUUCACUGAUUCAUCUGCUGAUGGGAAAUAUGCCCAAUCAAGUCACUUUGAGGGAUUGGAUAAAGCUGUUGCAAAUGAUACCGGAGGCUUAACUUCAUGUCCAGAGGGAGGGUCUACACAACCUGAUUAUCCAUCAACCUCAAAAUUAGCACAAAACAACCCAUUGCCAGAAAAGUUAACUAAGAGUAUUGCAGAGAGAAAAAGAAAACGACCAUCUGAGACACUAUCUUCUUUGGAUCAGAGCAGAAAGGAUGAAGAAAUGUCUGAGGCUAUGGCAGGAGCCAUGUUAGAUAUGGUUGCUGCUUGGAGGUCAAGGAGGACAACUGCCACAAAACGGAGUGAUGACAAAUUUAGCAUAACUAAUUGCAUUAAAGCAUUGGACGAGAUAGAAGACAUCGAAGAUUGGCUCUAUUUUGCAGCUCUAGACCUCUUUGAAGAUUCCAGUUUAAGAGAAAUCUUUAUCUCUCUAAAAGCUGGGAAGAUUAGGUUGACAUGGUUGCAAGGGAAGUGUGGCAAACCCGGGACGUCCCCUGUCUAAGUUAGAGGCUGAAUCUUUGGCUUUUUUGAAAGUGUAAAGAUCUUUUAUACAAUUGUUCACUUUUAGGGAGCUAGUUUGUUCAUACAUUGGCUACAUAGUACAUAUUGAUAGAUUAGAUGUUCUAAUUAUGCCAUUACCAAUGUGCAAAGGCGCGUAUAUACAUGUAAUUUUGCAAAUAGCGAAAUUGUGCUUUUGCAUUGGCUGGCAAUUGAAUAUUGUCAGUUUGUAGAUU